AUGGUACUUCCAUCGUUUGACCUACUAUCGAGUGCAUCUGAAAAACUUAGUGAAUUAGAAACAGCUCUUGAAGAAUUAGAUCAAAUCAAGCUGUUCACAGAUGUUGGUAGACGUAGGAGAAGGCGAAGAAAUGAAGCCUUGUAUGGUAUGGGUUUCGAAUCAGAAGAUCAUGAUUAUUACAUACCUGUGGAAUCAUGCUGUGAUAUUGCCUUCUAUACUGAAGAAGAAUACAAAAAGCAUUUAGAUAGUCAUAUUGAAGUUCAUGAUAGUGGUCUGUUUGAUACAAUCUAUCGUCAAACAUGUGAUAAAUCUGUAAAAAUUUGGAGAGAAAGUCGCAAAAGGUUAGAAUCAUCUUUUGACGUAUUUACUAACUAUUGUUUCAUUUGCAUACAUUAUUCAAUAAUUGCACCUUCAACAUUGUCAAAACUAGAGGAACACCGAGAAGAGAAAAAAGUGACAUCAGUGGCUAUAAAGAGUAAUGUUUUUAUUGGCAAAUAA